AUGAGGGAGGGGCCUGCUAAGUGGUAUGGAAAAGUCCGCGUUACCGUCGUUAACACGCUCCAUGAGAAAAACCUCUGCGAUAUUGAUGCCUGUAUGGACGUCAGAGCUACGUACGAGCCCUCCAUGGACUCGGCCCUCGCCGCUGAUAUGCAGCGUCUCGCCAUCUUUGAGAAGGUCUCCGACUGUGCCAUUGUCCCGGCCCCGCUGUCGACUCGCAGCAUCGCCGAACCCCAGCCGUCUCCUGCGUCGGACGAGCAUCAGGCCCGCAUCAUCUCCAGCUCGCUUUCUGAUGUCUCCGUGCAAACCCCGCCCGACGUGGCCGCCGACCCGCUCGCUGAGUCGGAGAACCCCAGCUCGGGCGAUGACUACUUCAUCAACGCUCAAUUCUACGCCCCUCAAGAAGCCCCCGUGGUCGAAGACCCCUUUAUGCCUUCCAUCCAGCGUUACGAAAUUCCGGAAUUUCUCGAGAGUGCUAUGCUGCCCGCGGAUCCCAGCACCCUUCCUGGCGGCAUUGAGCUUUGCAUGGAUGGCAUGGAUAUCGAAGAGGACUGGGACGCCUUACUCCGUCAUGAGAAGGAAACAAGCCCAUCUACCACCUCAUCCAUCAUUACCGAAAGCUAUGUCGAUUCGGACCAAAAGGUGCCACAACCUCAUUACCUCGGUGAGCAUCAGUCGCAGCACUUGCAACAGCUCCACCCUUCUAAGACUCACCCGGAGACUGCCCACAAUCUCUCGUCUUCGCAUUCUCACCCGCUGCCAAAUGCUUCACCGAUCCAAUCCCACUUUCAACCGCCAUCAUUUCGUCAGUUUCCGUGGCAACAGCAACUCUCGCCGACAGGUGUCCUAAUGCCGCCGGUGGCCCCGGUUCAGUCCCCCGUUGUGCCCAAAGAGGAAGCCGUGCUCAGCGCUGAACCCAUGGAAAUGAAGCCCCAGUUUCCUCACCGUGGCGUCACUCUAGCUCCACGCCCCGCAGGAAUGGCUGCCUGUUCAGAUGGAUUCAUCUGGCAGAUGGGAAGUUCGACCACGAAUAAUCCUAUCCUGCAAGCUCGUCUCGAUGCUAUGGAGAAGGAAAGAAAGGCAGAAGAGCGGCGCAAGAAGAACAGACAGGCAGCAGCUCGCUCAAAUGCAAGGAAGAAAAGCAUCAUGGACGGCUACAAAUCGGAAAUAAAAGCCGGCCAAGCUCGCAUCGCUCAGCUACGCAGGCACGAACUUGAGCUCAAACAGCAGAAUCAAGCUCUUAAGCGUCAAGUGGACACGUCCCAUUAGGACUCGGUAUGGGUUUGCUGCUACAAACCCACAUUUCACCUUUGCGGUGCACAGGGUGCACCGCCGUUUUGAACAAGGCACUUUUUUGAUUUUUUCGUCACCCCACUAUGAAUUCGUAUUCGCAAUUUUGCUUUUCACGCGGAGGUCUAGCUGGAAUGUAGCAACAAACGCAGAUCGAGUGCAAUGGAGGACCCACGCACACAACGCCACCAAAAUCCCUCCUAGCCGCACUCACACCAACCAGAGGCACAAUUGAAAGUCUCAUAUGUAUGUACAAAAACUGACAGAUGCGCUCACAACUCUGUCCCAGCUGCGCAAAAUUGUACAUAGAGAACUUAUUUGCGUUUGUUUAUAUAUCUAUUCAGCUGGACAACCUAGAACUCGGCUCCGUUUGUAAAGUAACUCCGUUCUAACUCUGCCGCAUUCGCCGGUGGCGCUCUUA